AUGCGGCGGCAUCAUGGACGGACUAUGUCUCCCUAUCAUGGGAAGACGGCGACCCCUCCAUCCGCAGACGUUUCGUUGGUCCGCAGCUUUGACUCUCAAGUCAAUCCAUCACGACCUGUCAGGCAAUCUCCUUUGGCGACCUCUCAGAUCCAAGGCAUGCCACUGGACCUGAUCGAGCGCAUACGUUCGUUUCCCUUGUUUCAAUCCACUCCCGACAGUUUCCUCGUCGACAUUGGCCUACUCCUCAAACCCCAGCUUCAUAGUUCGAACGACUACAUCAUUACCGAAGGUGAAGAUGCAAAAGCCAUGUACUGGUUGGUAAGAGGAGCGGUUGCAGUUACGUCGCGCGAUGGCGAGAGCACCUACGCUGAGUUAAAGCCCGGUGCUUUCUUUGGCGAAAUCGGCAUCCUGAUGGAACGGCCACGAACAGCCACCGUUGUGGCGCGCACACGAUGUCUGGUUCUGGUGUUGAAAAAGGAGGAUUUGACAAAGAUAUUGCCGAAAUACCCCGAAGUGGAACGUGCUAUUCGAGACGAGGCCUUGGAAAGAUUGACACAAUUGGAAAAGAAGAAGAGACAGGUACUGCUCGGGACUGAAGAUUUACCAACCAACGAAAGAAGAGGGUCCAAGAGACGAGCCGCGUUUGGAGAGGAUGUGCUUAUGGAUGAUGGUGAUCACGGUGCUGCCGGCGCGAGCAAGAGACGCAAAUCUCCAAGUCCAGGGACCAACGAAGUGUCAUCGGCCAGUGCUCUGGGACAUGGCCUGGUCAAUAUCAGGGCGACAUUGAAAGAGUUUCCGCUUUUUGCUUCUUUGCCUGCGGAUAUUCUUCACUUCCUGGGACUCAAUGCGCAGCCGAGGAGUUUUCCGCCGUUUACAGACAUCAUCAAGCAAGGGACCCGGGGGCGGGAGAUCUAUUUUAUUGUUCGGGGUGAGGUCGAGGUCUUGGAUGAGAAGAACCCCACAACUCCGAAAGCUGGCCAACCCCCAGUGCCCCAGGAUAGCAUACCACCCACUCCACGGGUCAAGGCUCGUCUUCGAGCUGGGCAAUACUUUGGUGAGGUUGUCAGUCUGUCACUGGCCGACCGCCGCACUGCGACUGUACGCUCCGUCACUCAGGUCGAGUGCCUCAUGAUCUCUGAGAACGUGCUGUCCGACUUCUGGUCUCGAUGUCCUGCCGAGAUCCUGCAGCAGAUUGAGAAAACAGCCAAGGAGAGGUUAGGCACAUCUUCAGAAAUGGACAUCGUCAUGAAUGACACGGACAACGAACCCAGUAUUCACCAAUUGGCAAUUGGCGAGUCCAAAAGCAAAGCCCAAAAGAAAAUCAACCAAGCCCCGCGCGUCACAUUCACGGAAGCAGAGCUGGGUACGCCUCUGCAGUCUGGGCCGACGGACGAAUCCGUUCCAGUAGAGCCAAUUGACCCCGAUCCAUACCUUGAUGAAGGGCUGGAAAAGGUUAAGUCGCGGUCAAGAAGGGGGUCGCUUGCUCCUCCACCACCAGACGAGACUGCUGCUGAACAAAGACGGCGCUCUCCCAGAACAUCCCCUGCCACGACGGCCAGUGCAUCCCCACGAAGUUCCAUGUCUACAGCAUCGUCGCCGACAUUGGAGCACAAAGGGUCGGCGUUUCCCUUCUCCGAUCCUUUUGCUUCUUCAGGUGGGCGGGCUAGAUCUCGGGCGGAGUCCAAUCGCGGGCUCAAUCGAGGCACCAUUCCCGACAACGUGUUGCCAUGGAUUUUUGAACAUCUUGAACUACACGAAUUAAUGCGUUUACAAGUGGUGUCAUUACACUGGCAAAAUGUACUCACUACCGCACCUACCCUGUUACACUAUCUUGAUCUGUCACGUUAUAAUCGAAAAGUUACCAACUCUAUUCUUAUCAACCGGAUCUGUCCGUUCGUGGGCGAACGACCGCGCUUCGUGGACAUCAGCAACUGUUUUCACAUCACGGAUGAAGGGUUCAGUGCUCUGGUCAACACCUGUGGCCGCAACGUCGAGACUUGGCGGAUGAAGAGUGUAUGGGAUGUGACCGCGCCAGCCAUCCUGGAGAUGGCCAACAAGGCGCCCGGAUUGAAAGAGGUCGACUUCAGCAAUUGCCGUAAGGUUAGCGAUACAUUGUUGGCAAGGAUCGUCGGUUGGGUCAUACCAGCGCAACCUCUUGUACCCCCGAAUCGAGCCAAGUUGAUCUCGCGUCCGGUCAUCAACACGAAGACAGGCACUCCCAUGGCACCUCCGGCCCCUGGGACCGUGAUCGGUUGUCCUGAGCUUAAGGCCAUGACUUUGAGCUAUUGCAAACAUGUCACGGACCGCACCAUGGCUCAUAUCGCCACUCACGCUCAUAGCCGAAUCGAGUCUAUCGAUUUGACACGGUGUACGACCAUCACCGACGCAGGCUUUCAAUUUUGGGGAAAUGUCAAGUUCGAAAGACUCAGGAAGCUUUGUUUGGCCGACUGCACGUACUUGAGUGACCAGAGCAUUGUCUGGUUGGUGAAUGGGGCCGGAAGCAGUCUGAGACAAUUGGACCUGUCCUUCUGUUGUGCCCUUUCCGAUACAGCAACCGAGGUUCUGGCGCUGGGAUGUCCCAACUUGACGCACCUUAACCUCUCGUUCUGUGGCAGUGCGGUUUCCGACCCUAGCCUGAGAUCAAUCGGUCUCCAUCUGACAUCGUUGAAAGAACUCGCCGUUCGAGGCUGCGUCCGUGUCACAGGGCUCGGUGUCCAGAGCGUUGUCGAGGGAUGUCCAAAACUCCAGCUUUUAGACGUCAGCCAGUGUAAGAACUUGCAGCCAUGGCUUGUUGCCGGCGGCGUUGAGCGGUGGCGUUCGGCUGGCCGGGACAUUGAAUUUGUCACAGUCAGCACGGGAACAAAAUUGGUGCGCUGA